UUUACACUGUUUGUUUUCAGAUGUCCUUGUUGUUUGACAAUGAUGUUGAACUACCGUCAGAUACUCCUCUUCAUCCCCUGGUUGAUGACUCCAGGUACCAGCCUACACUAGGCCUCAACUCCCUACUCCGAGACCUACCCCUAGUCCCUCAACCUGUAGCAGGGGAACGCAAGGAUUCUCGGGAUACGGCUGGACCAAAUAUUGAUUCAAAACUUCCGAUUCCGGAGUUCAUAAACACGGCAACAUCUCAGCCUGAGAUGAACCGGAGUGCGUUCCGUGCUGUUGGAUCCCAUGAUAUAGUGAACUCACCUGCUGUUAAACCUGGAGCUAUCCCCCUAGCUCCGGGUAGGAGUCCUCAGAUCUCAAGGAGACUAGAUAGCAGUGAUCAGGAAACUGUAUCUCCCACCCCUAGUAGUACAGCUAGUGAGUCCCGACCUCCCACCCCGACCAAACUGGGUCCGUUCUGUUGGCCGGCCCACUCCGAGGAGAACAGACAGCUCCUUGGAACAGAGGAGGAGAGCAGUGAUAGACAGUCAAGCGACGAGGAGGAGGAAGAGGAGGAGAAGAAUAUAUGGCUGAUUACUAAAGAGCAGAUGAGUUAUUAUAUGACCCAGUUUAAAUCUAUGCAACCAAAUCCUCUCGGAGUCAUUCCGGGAACACAGGCGAAAGAAUUUUUUGAGAAAUCUCGUCUCCCAAUUCUUGAACUACGAAAGAUCUGGCAGCUCUCCGAUGUAACUAAAGAUGGGUGUUUGAGUUUAGAAGAGUUCCUAACUGCCAUGCACCUGGUGGUUCUCCGGAGAAACGAUAUAACUCUCCCGGACGAACUCCCACUCUGCCUUAAACCAUCAAACCUAAAGGAUAAGAUUAUAGACCGACACAACAACAAGGAUUUAUAUGACGGGAACCCCCGACCUCUGCUGGACGGAACGGAAACCGAUUCUUUAGAUUUCUCCCUUCCCAACGAUACUAUUAAAGUAUUAGACACAGAUUCCGCAGUCAGUCCUGAGUCCCUUCUCUCCUCCCCGGGUCGUCCUAAACCUGUCAAAUUUGAUUUUAACGCGGUGGACGCGAGUAAAGAUCCAAAUAUAGCUUGUCCUGUUCCUCUCAGAUUAUCCCCGGAUUCUCCUCUACUACAGUCAAGUGAGGAGGAUAGUCCACAAACCAUAGGCAGGCAACCUCCGAAGGGUAAACGCGGAGUAGUUUAUGAACAGCUGUGGAAUAAUGAGGAUCUGAGAAAGGGUUUAGGACGUAGUUCAAGUAGUUCCAGUUCCUCCAGCUCCAAUAGCAAUCUAGAUACAGAGGGAGAGGAGAUGGAACCACUCUCGUCCUCACCAGAUAUUAGAAGUGGAGGUCGAGAUGUACGAGAAAUAUCUGCAAAUAUUCACAAAUAUAAGGAGAGUGUCGCGCUUUUAACAAGGACGGUUACGGAGUUGAACCAGGAGGUAUCGGAUAUCAUGGAGGAACGGGUUGUACUGGAGUAUCAACUAGAGCAGCUUAAAUCCUUUGGAAACCAGGACUAAACUACUGGGACGAGAGAAGAGAUUAAUUUUGUAACUAAGAUAAUUUAUGUCUGGGAUGAAAUAAGACAAGCUGGAUAGGGUUCAGAUUCUGAUAAUUUCGCUCUAGCACGUUUAAAUUGAAGGAUCUUCACAUUCUACGCAAUGGAGAAAAUAACUAUUGUAAAUCAUCGUUUAUUAGUUCACAAAAUCCUCAAAUUUGCAGUAUUCCUUUUUUUGCAAACUCCCCUAAGCCACUCAGGUUUGUUCUACAUUUAACACCCUCCCAUUUGUUCGCUCCUUUCUUUAUAUCUACUCCCUAAAUUUACUCCCUCCCUUUUUCAUUCACUCCCUCUUUCCUUGAUCACCUUAUUAUCUUUUUAGUAUUUUCUUCCUAUUUUCUUCUUAGGAAUCCAUUAAAAAAAGAAAAAAGAAAAUAUUUUGUGUGCUCGUUCGAAAAAGCAAUUCUAUUUAUAUAUUUAUGUACUAUGUCCCUGUGUACCAAUAGCGUACUGUUUGUGUUUUAUGUACAUGUACAAUUUAUGAUCUGUAUCUUUGCGAACUUUUGCGCCAAAGCGAUGGUUCCAUUAUCAACAAAAUUAAGCCUUGUCCCGCCGAUAAAAUGUACUCACUGGCCCCGCCGAUGAAAUGUACUCCCUGACCCCACCGAUGACUGUCCCAUCCAGAGAAAUGUGCGCCAUGUCCCUGACAGAAAAUGUCCUCUCUACCCCAGUUUAUGAAAUGUACUCCCUGUUCCUGCCUAUGAAAUGUACUCCCUGUCCCUGCCUAUGAAAUGUAAUCCCUGUCUCUGCCUAUGAUAUGUACUCCCUGAUCCCGCCAGACAAAAGUGUACUCAAUGUCCAUGCCCAUGUACUCCAAAAUCUUCACAAAGACAAUAUUAAUUAUUUUAUACAGGAGGGUAAUAAAUAGUUUUAUAGUGCUGAAAUAAGAAUUAUAACUGUGAUAUAACCAGUAAUUGGGGGUUAAGAGGCAUUCAAAUAUAUCAAAUUAAUAAAAAAUAAUUGAAUUCAUAA